CUGGCCCACCUCCUGCCUGCUGCCCUGCCUUCCAGAUCAGGUCAAAGGGGCUUGCCUCAACCCUUCCUUGCCUUCUGCUUCCUCCCUCCUGGAUCUGUCUGGGUGGGCCUGGGGAGGGGUGGAUCAGGGCGGGCCCGGGCACCACCAUCCCCAGUCGAGGCUCCUGAAGCUGAUGGAAAGGGACCGGCAAAGCGUAGGCCAACCGAGCUCCUGUCUGAGCUCCUGUCCCCGAGCCAGGGCAGGACCCUGUUGAGGUAAACAUGACUGGCCUGGUCGCCUCCUUUGCCAUGCAGCCCUGGCCCACCUCUCCCCGCCGUGCAUUCUGGUUUGGUUUGCUUUGGUUUGGGCAGGAUCCUUUUAGUGAACAGAGACCUAGGAACCCUGCCUCACCAGCCCCAGGCAGGCCCCCUUUCCAGCCGUCCCCGUCUCCUCCCCUCCGACCUCAGCCUCAGGGCCGUGGGAGCAAAGCAGCCAGAGGUGGCUUCUGAGCAGCAAGACCCUGGGGAAGCAGCUCCAGGCCCCGACUCUGGGGCUGCUGGAAAUGGGGCCACACAGCACCCUUCCCAGCCUGCACCGGGAAGAGGGGCGUGAGGGGCCCUUCCACAGCGUGGAACGGGCACUCUGACUGAAUCCCACAGGGCGGCCUGUGUGAGCACCUCUGGAAGCAGAGGGGUCCCCGGCGGCCAGGCCUGGGGCAGAGGGCGUUCAUCACAGCAGGAGCAGACACCCAGGCGGCUCUGGCUGCCAGGCUCUGUUCCUCAGGGGGUGGGGGUGGCCAUCCUGGGAGCUCCAGCUUCCCCUUCCGGGUUCCCACCCCCACCGUGGGCAGAGACAGACCCCAGGAGGUGACACUAUCCACACGCCCUGGUGUCUGCUAUAGGCGUAGGCCCUGCCCUGCCCCUCCUCUCUGCCAGCCGCAGUCAGGUACUUUCUACUGUUAUCUCAUCCGAACCUCCCUUAUGUCAAACCUCCUAAAUUAGGUCGUUUCAUCCCCAUUUUUCAGAUAAGAAAAUUGAGACUCGGAAAGGUUAGUUGGUCAGCCCAGGAAAGCAAUGGCAGAUAUAGGAUGCCAAGGCUCAUGGGCUUUUCCACUUGAAGCUAACAUAGCGUGUGAGACAGUCUGGCCGGGAGGCCAAGAGUCCUGUGCUUCCUAGCCAGUCGCCGAUGAAGCUGAGGCACUGGUGUCCGCUCACCCCCGGCAGCUGCCUCAGCUUGGCCACCUGCAGCCCCACUCGGUGCUGUUCACCGGGGUGCAUGGCCAGCCACCACUGUGCGUGUCUCCCUGUAGCAUUCUUUGUCCUCCCCAGGCUCCCAGCAGCCAGUUGACGGGGCCCGUGAGUCCUUUCCCACUCUGUCCCCUUCGGGUGUGACAGGAUUACCCCAGGUCCCCCACUGGGAGGCUGAGGGGCAGCCAUUUGUGCUCUGCUGUUGGUGUUAGAGCCCUGUGGGGCGUCCUCCGGUGACCUUUACAUGUACCAUGUGGUAUGUGGAAGGUGACAGAGCGUGAGGUGACAAGAAGCUGCCACUCGGAGCUGUGCUGUGGGGAGAAGCUCCACGCCCAAGCAGGGGAAAGGCUGGGACAGGCCUGAGACCAGGCUGGGCUUCUGAGCAGACCCAGGAAAAGCCUCAGCAGAGAUAGGAAGUCAGGAGUCAGGCCACUGCUGACCAGAGGACAGAGGUUUCUAUGGAGACGGGAGGAACAGGAAGCAUGGGGCCUGGGGGGAGCGUAGAGGAGUGGGUGCCUUAGAGGAGAGCUUGUCAUAAGGCGUCAGGUCAGCCAGCUGACUGCCUCCUUGGACCAACAAGGAGACUGAGGCCCGUGAGGGAGGGGCUUUGCACGUGGCCACACAAGGCCAGGCUGGCCUAGCCUGCCCCGCCCCACUCGCAGUGACUGCAUCGUCAGGCCCCUGAGGAGACCCCGGGGCAGUGUGUGGGCUCGAACGCGGUAGGGGAGCACCUGUAAGUCGCCCCCGUGUCAUGAGGCGGAUGUGCGGGCGACCUCAUCCUGCCGGCGCCUCUUGUCGUGGGUCUGGGGCAGUAGGCAGGGUCCAGCCCUCACUGCCACCCAGAGAGCAGCUGCCGCACCCCACCCCACCCCGGUGACUGUGGCCUUUUGUUUUCUGGGUGACACUCGCAUCAGGCGGUGUGUUCGGCUGACUAAUCUCCUCCGGGCUGGGCAGCUGUCACAGGGCGGCCUGACCAGGCGGGCAGGGAAAGCUGACACCCUGGGGCAGUGCUGGCAAGCCAGUGCCCUGGGGCAGUGGGCAGCUGGGCCUUUAGGCUCCUCUUCUGGGUGCAGAGCAGACCCUGCGUCAGGCAGCCCUGGGUUCAGGUCCCAGUCCUGCCGCUGACCAGCCGAGGGAUCUUGGAGCACGUUACUGCACCCCUUCAAGCCUGUUUCCUCAUCUCUGUAAUGGAGCCAUCGAUCCUGCCUCAGGAGGUGGUGGUAGUGAGGACCAAACGAGAUGAUAAACGAACGCACUUCGCCCAGGGCCCGUCGCAUAGUAGGUGAUGGGUAAAUGGGACCGCUACUGUCCUUGUUAUGGCUCCCUUCCCUCCCCCGCAUCCCACCUUAGUCCCAGCUCGUGGCCCAGCAGGGAAGUCCCUGCUCUCUGCCACGUCUCUGGGGCGCGGGCUUUGGGGUUCAGGUAGAGGCAGGUUCCAGCAGCGGCUCCGCACAGACUAGUUGUGCACGUUACCUCCGCAGUCUCCCAUGAGGAACGGGGCAUGAUACAGUAUCUAUUCUUUAGGGUGCUGUGUUUAUUUAUUUAAAUUUUAUUUAUUUAUUUAUUUUUGGCUGCGUCGGGUCUUCGUUGCCCGGCUUUCUCUAGUUGCAGCGAGCAGGGGCUGCUCUUCACUGCGGUGUGCGGGCUUCUCAUUGCGGGGGCUUCUCAUUGCGGUGUCUUCUCUUGUUGCGGAGCACGGCCUCUAGGCGCGCAGGUUUCAGUAGUUGUGGCUUGCGGGCUACAGAGCUCAGGCUCAGUAGCUGUGGCGCAUGGGCUUAGUUGCUCCGUGGCAUGUGGGAUCUUCCCGGACCGGGGCUCGACCCCGUGUCCCCUGCAUUGGCAGGCGGUUUUUUGUUUUUUGCUUCCUCUAGUUCCGGCAAGCAGGGGCCACUCUUCAUCGCGGUGUGCGAGCCUCUCACUGUUGCGGCCUCUCUUGUUGCAGAGCACGGUCUCCAGAUGCGCAGGCUCAGUACUUGUGGUUCAUGGGCCUAGUUGCUCCGCGGCAUGUGGGAUCCUCCCAGACCAGGGCUCAAACCCGUGUCCCCUGCAUAGGCAGGUGGAUUCUUAACCACUAUGCCACCAGGGAAGUCCCUAGGGUGCUGUGGUUUAUAAAAUGCUACACAUGUUUGCAGAGGGCUUAGAACCGUGCCUGUUACAGGUGGGUGCUCAGUAAACGUAAGCCAUGAUGGCAUUGACUUUAGGAGGAAGCCAAGAGCUCUCCUGCCUUUCUCCCUGUCACCUGCAGAGGCUGGCAGACUGUAAGAGGCAGAGACCCGGAGCUGGGCAGACCCGAGCACUGCUUCCCCAGGCAUGGGUGCCUCCGUGUCAGUACCUCCACAGCCAUCCAGGGCCCUGCCUGACACUGCCUGCCCGGGCCCACAGGGCAGUAGCAAAUCAAGGGUGGGGGUGUUGGAUGGGAGGAGUAGGCGCUGGACAUGCAGCCCAGCCCCGAUUCCUCAGACGCAUCAUCUUCCACCUUUUGUCCAGGGCUCCCACCCUCUCUCAGAGGCCCUCAGCUAGCAGAAGUAUCUCUCCUGUCAGCCCCAGGCAGGUGUCCCAUGGCCGUGACUCAGACCUCCCUGUGGCUGCCAGGGCCCAGGAGAGUACUUGAUGGCAGGACACAGGUGUCCCUGGGAAUUCUGGAGGCGUUGCCCCCCUGAAGCAUACCAGGCUUCCUGCCCCUCCCGCACUGUUAGGGGGAGGUGAGGGCGCAGGUGCUCCCAGCCGCCUGUGCGGAAGGGGCGGCAGGGGGUAGGUGAGCUGGCAGAGGAAGCGGAGCCUGUGUUCAGACCAGGUCAAGGGAGGAUGGGUGAGCAAGGGUGGUCGCCAAGGCUCCUGCAGGAGGAGCUCUGGGUAGCUUAGUGUCUGGAAUUCUCAGCGUUUGGGCUUCGAGCAUUGGCCCCCAGGUCAAGGUACAGUUCAUGGGCUUCCUCAGCAGCAGAGCUGGAAGGGUUUUCUGACAUCAUCCAGCAUUUUCACACAUGGAAUGUCCGUAUGUGCCUCUUCAGAAAGGUAAGACCAGAAAAGUUCUUACUGUCGGCCCCUCAGAGCAAGAGCACACACACACCCAGAGGCAGAGGCGCUCUCUCGGCUCUCGUGGCUUCCCACACAAAGUCCCCCUGGCGGCUUCUCUCCCUGUGCAGCUGCCUCUCCAGUUUUCGGGGGGCCUUAGUUCCCCGGGGCCUUCAAUCCCCAAGGCAGACGUCAGAUCCUCUCCAUUUCUAGUGCCACUGUCAGCCUGACUGCAAGUCAGGGGGUCGUAUCAGGACUGAAUUUCUCUUCAGAGAGCCUCGUUUUCUUACCAUGGCUUGGUUGGUGCCAUGUUCCAGGAGGGGACACCUAAGCCUAACCUGUGUUGGUGGCAAAACAAAGGCCUAAGGAGAGGAAAAGCCUUGCCCUCAGCCCCUCAGCCUGUCUAGGUCAGCUCCAGGCUUCCACCUUCCUUUGUCUUUUCUUUUCCAUCAGCUUCAGGCGAGGGACUUGAAGCCCUUUGGGCUAGAGCUUGGUGGAUCAUGGUGCCUGGACAGGGGAUCCCAGAUGGGGAGCUGGCAGCCCCUCCUACCCAGCACUCCUGGGGCCGCACAGGGAACAGUGAUGAGUGCAGGCUCCCUGCUGGAUCCUCUGGCACCCCCAGGCACCCCGUUUAUGGAGCUCAGAGGCCACAGACGCCCCCCCCCAAUGCCUCCCAAGUGUCCCUUCUCUGCUCAAAGGGCAGCGGCUGUGACGGGGCUCCCGGGCACAGGGUGCGCCGUGGCCUGGCCCAGCUCCUCAUGCCCCCGGUCUCCACCCGACAGCCACCCGCCUGCCCCUGCCAUGGAGACCUUCUUUAGGAGACACUUCCAGCGGAAGGCGCCAGGCCCUGGAGAGGGGCAGAGGCGGCCCGGCGGCGUGGGGCUGCCCACAGGCAAGGCCCGGCGCCGCUCGCCUGCAGGGCAGGCCUCCUCCUCGCUGGUCCAGCGGCGCCGCUCCAGCGCACAGCUCCAGGGCUGCCUCCUGGGCUGUGGGGUGGGGGCCCCGCGCUCCAGCCGCCGGCGCUCCAGCACCGCGCCCCCCGCCUGCAACCCCCGCUUCACCGUGGAUGAGGUGCCUGCCCUGCAGCCUGCCACUGUUGGGGCCCUGCGUCUGGGCGCACCCCUGCUCUUGGCCGGGCUCUUGGGCAUGGAUGAGGAGGAGGGGGUCCAGGAGGAGGAUGUGACAGUUGCGUCGUUGGCGGCCACCCAGCCAGGCACCAAGAGACCGGGGCCAUCCCCGCAUCGGGGAGCCCUGCCCGUGCUGCCCAUUCCCCGCUGGCGCCGGCGCCGGGCCUCCUCCCACCUGCUGCCCGCUGACGUGGUGAAAGACCGCGCCCUCUGGGGCCUGCACGGUUACUACCGGCCCCUCAGCCCGCAGCGGCCCUCAGGCCAGCACCUCAGCCUGGGGGGCCGAAGAGCCUCGGGCACCGCAGCUGGCCCCAGGAUGCCUGCCUGCGUGCGCCCGCUGUCCCGCAGACGCCAGGUAGCCCUGCGGCGCAAGUCAGCCGGACCCCAGACCUGGAGUGCCCUGCUUGCGAAAGCCAUCACCAAGUCAGGCCUCCAGCACCUGGCACCCCCUCCUCCAGCUCCCGGGGCCCCGCGCAGUGAGCCUGAGCGGCAGAUCCGGAGCACUGUGGACUGGAGCGAGUCAGCGACGUAUGGGGAGCACAUCUGGUUUGAGACCAACGUGUCCGGGGACUUCUGCUAUGUUGGAGAGCAGUACUGUGUAGCCAAGAUGCUGCAGAAAUCAGUGUCACGGAGGAAGUGUGCAGCGUGCAAGAUUGUGGUGCACACCCCCUGCAUUGAACAGCUAGAGAAGAUAAAUUUCCGCUGCAAGCCAUCCUUCCGUGAAUCAGGCUCCAGGAACGUCCGUGAGCCAACCUUUGUGCGGCACCACUGGGUACACAGGCGACGCCAGGAUGGCAAGUGUCGGCACUGUGGGAAGGGCUUCCAGCAGAAGUUCACCUUCCACAGCAAGGAGAUCGUGGCCAUCAGCUGCUCCUGGUGCAAGCAAGCAUACCACAGCAAGGUGUCCUGCUUCAUGCUGCAGCAGAUCGAGGAGCCGUGCUCCCUGGGGGUCCACGCCGCCGUGGUCAUCCCACCCACCUGGAUCCUCCGUGCCCGCAGGCCCCAGAAUACCCUCAAGGCAAGCAAGAAGAAAAAGAGGGCAUCCUUCAAGAGGAAAUCUAGCAAGAAAGGGCCUGAGGAGGGCCGCUGGAGACCCUUCAUCAUCAGGCCCACCCCGUCCCCCCUCAUGAAGCCCCUGCUGGUGUUCGUGAACCCCAAGAGUGGGGGCAACCAGGGCGCCAAGAUCAUCCAGUCCUUCCUCUGGUAUCUCAACCCCCGGCAAGUCUUUGACCUGAGCCAGGGAGGGCCCAAGGAGGCGCUGGAGAUGUACCGCCGGGUGCACAACCUGCGGAUCCUGGCCUGUGGGGGCGAUGGCACGGUCGGCUGGAUCCUCUCCACCCUGGACCAGCUGCGCUUAAAACCACCGCCACCCGUUGCCAUCCUGCCCCUGGGCACCGGCAACGACUUGGCCCGCACCCUCAACUGGGGUGGGGGCUACACCGAUGAGCCCGUGUCCAAGAUCCUCUCCCACGUAGAGGAGGGCAACGUGGUGCAGCUGGACCGCUGGGACCUCCGUGCUGAGCCCAACCCCGAGGCGGGGCCUGAGGAGCGAGAUGAGGGGGCCACCGACCGGCUGCCGCUGGAUGUCUUCAACAACUACUUCAGCCUGGGCUUUGAUGCCCACGUCACCCUGGAGUUUCACGAGUCUCGAGAGGCCAACCCAGAGAAAUUCAACAGCCGCUUUCGGAAUAAGAUGUUCUACGCCGGGACAGCCUUCUCCGACUUCCUGAUGGGCAGCUCCAAGGACUUGGCCAAGCACAUCCGCGUGGUGUGUGACGGGACUGACCUGACCCCCAAGAUUCAGGACCUGAAACCCCAGUGCAUUGUUUUCCUGAACAUCCCCAGGUACUGUGCGGGCACCAUGCCCUGGGGCCACCCUGGGGAGCACCAUGACUUUGAGCCCCAGCGGCAUGAUGAUGGCUACCUCGAGGUUAUUGGCUUUACCAUGACAUCCCUGGCAGCACUGCAGGUGGGCGGGCACGGCGAGCGGCUGACACAGUGCCGAGAGGUGCUGCUCACCACGUCUAAGGCCAUCCCAGUGCAGGUGGAUGGUGAGCCCUGCAAGCUCGCAGCCUCAUGCAUCCGCAUCUCCCUGCGCAACCAGGCCACCAUGGUGCAGAAGGCCAAGCGGCGGAGCGCCGCCCCCCUGCACAGCGACCAGCAGCCAGUGCCGGAGCAGCUGCGGAUCCAGGUGAGCAGGGUCAGCAUGCACGACUACGAGGCCUUGCACUAUGACAAGGAGCAGCUCAAAGAGGCCUCCGUGCCGUUGGGCACCGUGGUGGUCCCGGGAGACAGCGACCUGGAGCUGUGCCGCGCCCACAUCGAGAGGCUCAGGCAGGAGCCCGAAGGUGCUGGAGCCAAGUCUCCGACGUGCCAGAAACUCUCCCCCAAGUGGUGCUUCCUGGAUGCCACCACUGCUAGCCGCUUCUACAGAAUCGACAGGGCCCAGGAACACCUCAACUACGUGACCGAGAUCGCACAGGAUGAGAUUUAUAUCCUGGACCCUGAGCUGCUGGGGGCGUCUGCCCGACCCGACCUCCCAACCCCCUCUUCCCCUCUCCCCACCUCGCCCUGUUCACCCAGGCCCCGGUCACUGCCGGGGGAUGCUGCACCCCCUACAGGUGAAGAGCUGAUCGAGGCUGCCAAGAGGAACGAUUUCUGUAAGCUCCAGGAGCUGCACCGAGCCGGGGGUGACCUCAUGCACCGGGACGAGCGGGGCCGCACGCUCCUGCACCACGCCGUCAGCACCGGCAGCAAGGAAGUGGUCCGCUACCUACUGGACCACGCCCCCACAGAGAUCCUUGAUGCUGUGGAGGAAAACGGGGAGACCUGUCUGCACCAGGCCGCAGCCCUGGGCCAGCGUACCAUCUGCCACUACAUCGUGGAGGCCGGGGCCUCUCUCAUGAAGACAGACCAGCAGGGCGACACUCCCCGGCAGCGGGCUGAGAGGGCUCAGGACACGGAACUGGCCGCGUACCUGGAGAACCGGCAGCACUACCAGAUGAUCCAGCGGGAAGACCAGGAGACGGCUGUGUGAGGCCGCUGCGCAGCAGGGCGACGGGCCACCAGAGGACCAGCCCCUCCUCGCCCACCUCACUGCCACAUUCCAGGCGGAGGGCCACAGAGGGACCCGGGACCCAGGACCCAGGGAAGGAGCCCUGUGCUGCUCCCUGUGGAGCUGCCCAGACCUAGGGCUGGACUCUGAGGAGCUGGGGGCCAGGGGCUGGGGUGGGGUCUCACCCGGCCCCCUGAGGCCACAGCCUAACCCAGAGGCUCACAGGGGACCAGGAGACUGGACUGGGCUGGGCAGACCAUUGGGGGGGGCUGGGGGGGCCCUCACCUUCCCUGCAGUGGGUGCCCUGGAGUUGAGGGCCCACAGCCCGGAGGGCAGAGGGCCUUGAGGCCCUGUGAGGGAGCCCCCAGGAAGACGCUUCCUAAGCCUCCGGGUCCUUGAGGACCCUCACUCUGAGGCUCCUGGGAGCUUGGGCCCCUCUCCCGCCCGGACACCCCCCCCACCCCCGCCCCCAGGGCUUCUUCCCGAAUACACGGAGCCUGCUGCAUCUGCCUGCCCGCUGCCCUGCUUAGCACCUACCCGGUGACCCUCCUCCCAAACCCAGUCAUUUCACCUCCGACUGUGUGGCCUGGGGGGUGGGGGUGGGGGCUUUCACGGUGACAUGUUUACAGCUGGGUGUGACUCAGUAAAGUGGAUUUUUUUUCCUUUC